CCCUUUUCUUCCCAUCUGUCUCUCUCUGUCUUGUGCGGUCUUCUCAGUUUCAACCUCCCACUCUCAUCUUCUUUCUCUGAGAUCUGUCAACUCCUAGAGUCCUAGUCUUCCUUCCACAGCUCCCUUCAACAUUGUUCUCUUCCCAAGUUGCAGGAUCUGGGUUCUUGGUGGUUUGCGUUCGCUGCGUUCUGCCGCAGCGCGCCGCCCCUGUCUCAUCGAGUCAUAAUCCACCUUCCGGCUUGUUCAUGCUGCUCCAGUCUUCGAUUCCCGCUUCCGACAAGAGCCCUGACCGUGGCCGCUUCAGACAGGCAUUCAAUGUACUGCUGGAGCAAAUAGGGAACCCAGCUGAAUUUGAGCUUCCAGAUUGGUUUGGCAAAGGGAAGCCUCUCCCCUACACCUUCAUCAAACGGAACAUAUAUCUUACCAAGCGAGUUAAAAGGCGCCUUGAGGAUGAUGGAAUAUUCUGUUCUUGCACAGCAUCACCAGGUUCUACUGGUGUGUGUGAUAGAGAUUGCCAUUGUGGGAUAGGUCUGCAUCCCCUGUACAAUAAUUGUGAGGCCACUGCAUGGACUAGAAUAAUGAGGAUGUUGCUGUCCAGUUGCUCCUCAGGCUGCAAAUGUGGGAAAUCUUGUCUCAACAAACCGUUCCAGCAACGGCCUAUGAAAAAGAUGAAGAUGAUACAGACUGACAAAUGCGGAGUUGGGAUUGUGGCUGAUGAAGAUAUUAAACAAGGAGAGUUUGUGAUAGAAUAUGUCGGAGAAGUUAUUGAUGAUAAGACCUGCGAGGAGAGGCUGUGGAACAUGAAACACCGUGGAGAAACAAACUUCUAUUUAUGUGAAAUUAACCGAGACAUGGUUAUUGAUGCCACAUAUAAGGGAAACAAGUCAAGAUACAUAAAUCACAGUUGCUCUCCUAAUACCGAGAUGCAGAAAUGGAUAGUUGAUGGGGAAACCAGAAUUGGUAUAUUUGCAACUCGGGACAUUAAAAGGGGGGAGCAUCUUACCUAUGAUUAUCAUCAUUCAGUUCAAUCUAAUAAAGGCAGCAGGUUUGUACAAUUUGGUGCAGAUCAAGAUUGCCACUGUGGGGCUCCCGACUGUAGGCGCAAGCUAGGUGUUAAACCUACCAAGCCUAAUAAGAUGUCGUCAGAUGCAGCGUUUCAGUUUGUUGCAUGCCAGGUUGCAGUUGCAUCUCCUGAAUUCAAAGCACUUCUGUCCAGGAAGGAUGUAUGUACUGAGCUGCUGCUUCAUUUGGGGAGUUCGGGGCAUGCUCAUGAUAGCCAUCAGUCCUACCCUAGUUGCAUUGGCAAGGUGAUCAGAAUAUACUACCCCAGAAAUGAAAGUUUCGGGAUUAUUAGACAGUUUGACAAUUAUUCUAGAAAACACAAGAUCAUGCUUGAGGAUGGUACCAUCAAAUUUCUUGACCUUUCUAAAGUAGACUGGGAAAUCUGUGAUUCUGGCUCCAGGUAGUGAAUAACCACGAGAAAGCACUGCAUAACCUUUUGUUGUACUAUCAAAUAUAAACAGGCACCCCAAGUUAACAUAUAAUGAACAACCAUGCUCUGAGUUGGAUGGGGAAGAAAUGUUGUAUUGCCUCCAUCUCAUACUUGCCACAAUUGUUUCUUUCUUCAGAGUUAAGGAUUGUGAAAGACACACGUUCUGUUCUUUGCAAUUCUUGCUAUUGCUCGCUCUUGAUUUAGUUACAUUACAACAUGGUUUGAAGGGUUGUCUCUUCGGUUUUGCGUGCCCCUUCUCAAGAUUGGCCAAGUUUUGGACUAAUGAUGAAAUGUAGAAGAUGAAAGCGGGUUUGUUUGAGAACAUAAACACACUGAACACAUGGUUUCUCUCUCUCUCUCUCUAAGCGCCAAAGUUAAUUACAUCUACUACUACAUUAACAACCAAAGACUAGAAUAUGAUUGAUUGAUGAUGCAGGCUUGAUGGAAGAUAUCCAUGGUUUUACUGGAACCUAGGUUGAGAUUGAUUCAAGCUGCAGGUUGCUGCUGCAAAUCCACAUGAUGAUUCCCAUUGGAAGUCGUUGAUGCCGCCUCCAUUUCGAGGAUGGAUGACCAAGCGGAUGCUGUCUCCUCAAACUUGUCCAUCGACGUUGCGGUAAAGGCACCUGCCGCUGCUAUGUCAGGCCACCAUCCGGUUUCACCUCCACCAGCACCAGUCGAUGCGUUAUACAUUAUUUCGUUGAGGCAAGCGGAGAAGGAACCGUCCAAGCCCCACCAUCGCUCAUCUUCCUCCUCCGUCUUGCACACUAAGCCGCCGACACCUUCCUUCAGCCAGGGGAACUCAAACACCCCUAAUCCCCCCAUGUAGUUCUCCUCCGAUGCAAUCGACAAUCCACAUCCAUCUGUCUUUUCGUCAUCAUUGCGGGUGCAUCUCAUGACGUCAUCGUCGCUGCGAUGAUAAUGAUGACGAUGAUAAUGGCUUGGCUUGUUAGCUUUCUCGGUGGACGAUGAUGAUUUGAAGCAUGCCUUGUUAGCUUUAUUGGUGGAGGAUGAGCAAGAUUUGAAAGCUUUGGCCUGUGAGUUUCCGUAGGCGGUGGUCUCUUUGCGCCAUGAUGAUCCCUCUCUCCCUCGCUUCUUCCUCUUGUGCAGUGUUUCUUUCCCCUUCCCCAUUGCGGAUUUUGGAAAGUUGGGCAACGAGAACGGGAUUGAGACGGGAGAUGGAAGUGAAAGGUAAAAAAUUUGAAGAGAGAAAAGGGUAGUGUGGAUGGAUGGAUGAUCAACCACGUAAAGCCAUGCACGUAUAAAACGCAACACACGGCAGUGGUCUGAAACAGAAUUGAGUGUGUUUUUGGGGUUCACGCAUUUCGUCCUCUGCAC